AUGCAAUUAGUUCCUAUAGAGUUCACAUCUGAAACUAUCAGUGGUAUGACAGGUUCUAUAUCGAUUGCCUGUUGGGUUAUAGUGUUUGUACCGCAAAUAUAUGAGAACUUUUAUAGAAAAUCAGCAGAAGGUCUGUCCUUACUAUUCGUCGUCCUUUGGUUAGCAGGUGACGUUUUCAAUUUAUUAGGUGCUCUGUUACAACACUUACUGCCUACCAUGAUCAUCCUUGCCGCAUACUAUACAAUUGCUGAUAUUAUCCUUUUGGGCCAAUGUCUAUGGUAUGAUAAUGAAGAAAAAGUGGAUCCGAUCCAUUUAUCCCCUGCUAAUCCAAUGAAUGAAAAUGUUUUACAAGACGUGUUUAAUGAACAUCAACCACUUUUACAUCAAAAUGGGGAGCCUAUCUUAAGAACAGAAGCUGAAGAUGCCUCCAGGUCUCAAGCUAUUUCAGCUUUAUUAGAAAUUGAAGAGCAAGAAGAAAAGGGAAAUUACUUCAGUGAUACAACGAUUGUCUUGAGUGUCAUAUUUGCCGGAUUCUUAUCUUGGUACAUAUCCUAUUGCGCAAAUCCAACUCCAUCAGUACCAACUGAACCAAAUACAGAAAUUAAUAUUUUAGCCCAAUUGUUCGGAUAUCUAAGUGCAGCUUUAUAUCUGGGAUCUCGUGUUCCUCAGAUAUUAUUGAAUUUUAGAAGAAAAUCAUGUGAAGGUAUUUCUUUUCUGUUUUUCUUAUUUGCAUGCAUAGGUAAUACAACAUUUAUCAUUUCAGUUAUGGUUGUCUCUCUGGAUCCAAAAUAUUUACUACUGAAUGCCUCUUGGCUUAUCGGAAGUACAGGUACUCUACUGAUGGAUUUCGUCAUUUUUGCCCAAUUUUUCGCAUAUGGAAGGAAGAGUAAGAUAUAUGCUAAUAAUUUGGUAUGA